AGAGAAGCAAAGGGGAAAAAAAUAUGUAAAGUGGAGGAAGGAAGAAGAAGAAGAAGUAGAAGAAGAAGCCAAGAGCAAAUCUAACUUCUCUGACUACUCAUUUUCAUGUCGGAGACUUUCCGGAAACUAAAGAAUCUCUUCAACGGAGACUGAAAAAAAAAGCUUUCUCUUCUUUUUUUUUUCCGUUCGUUAUCUUCGUUUUAGUGUUUUCCCCUUUGCUUACUUUUGAAGAAAUCAAGAGAAAGAGAUAGAGAGAGUGAGAGAGUGAAAGAGAGAGAGAGAGAGAUGUAUGUAGUGACGCCUCCUCAAAGAUCCGGUUUGGGAUCCGACUGUGAUUUACGGGUUUACCAAACAUGGAAAGGAAGCAAUAUAUUUUGUCUUCAAGGAAGGUUUAUCUUCGGGCCAGACGUAAGGUCACUUGGUUUAACCAUAAGUCUCAUUGUGGUCCCUGUUACAAUUUUCUGCAUCUUCGUCGGUAGCAAACUAAUGGAGGACUUCGCUGAUAGCUGGGGAGUAUCUAUAGUCUUUGUUGCUGUUGUCUUCACCAUUUAUGACUUAAUUCUUCUGAUGCUUACAUCUGGGAGGGAUCCAGGGAUCAUCCCAAGAAAUUCUCAUCCUCCUGAGCCAGAAGUCCUUGAUGGCAACACGGGAUCAGGGACAAGCCAAACUCCAAGAUUGCCUCGUGUAAAGGAAGUAGAAGUUAAUGGAAAAGUAUUCAAGGUCAAAUACUGUGAUACUUGCAUGCUCUACAGACCGCCUCGCUGCUCACAUUGUUCGAUUUGCAACAACUGUGUAGAAAGGUUUGACCAUCACUGUCCUUGGGUUGGUCAAUGUAUUGCUCAAAGGAACUAUCGAUUCUUCUUCAUGUUUGUCUUCUCCACGACUCUUCUCUGUGUAUAUGUGUUCGCCUUUUGUUGUGUCUAUAUAAGGAAGAUCAAAGAAUCCGAAGACAUUACCAUCUUGAAAGCAAUGCUCAAAACUCCAGCUUCCAUUGCUCUGAUAAUCUACACAUCCAUAUGUACGUUCUUUGUUGGAGGCUUAACAUGUUUCCAUCUCUAUCUCAUCAGCACAAAUCAGACUACAUAUGAGAACUUCAGAUACAGUUAUGAUCGGCAUAGCAACCCACAUAACAAAGGAGUUGUUGAUAACUUUAAAGAAAUCUUUUUUUCUUUAAUACCUCCUUCAAAGAACAACUUCAGGGCUAUGGUACUGAGGGAAAAUCCAAUGCCGUCGAGAUCAGUUGUUGGCGGUUUUAUGAGUCCAAACAUGGGAAAAGCCAAUGAUGAUAUUGAAAUGGGGAGGAAGGGUGUUUGGGCAAUGGCUGAACAUGGUGAUGGCAAAGAUGAUAAUAACAAUGAACGGUUUCACGUUAACGACAACGAGUUAAACGAGUUAUCACCAGACAUGAGGACCAUAGUGGAUGGUGGUGAACAAAGCGAUAUUCGAAACAAUCACCCGAGGAGCUCAAACUGGGAAAUGUCGCCAGAAGUUAUGGCCUUAUCAGCAAGAAGAACUUAGAAACAGAGAAAAAUGAGAGUUGUUGUCAAAUGUUUGAUUCAUUGAUGUAUUGUGUGUUUACACGGAAAUCAAUUGUGAAUUUGGUGUGACUUUUCAGAUGUCAUGAGUGAUUUACUGAUGUUAGUUGUUCUAGUAUUGUUCAGACUUCAGACAGUUAAAUCUUCUUGAAUCAUUGUGUGUUAAGUGUAAUCUAUGACUUUUAACAGUACUAUUUUCA